UCAGCAUCAUGCAGCCGCCGCCGAGGAAGGUGAAAGUUACACAGGAACUGAAAAACAUUCAAGUUGAACAGAUGACAAAACUUCAAGCCAAACAUCAAGCAGAAUGUGAUUUGCUAGAAGAUAUGAGGACAUUCAGUCAGAAGAAGGCUGCUAUUGAAAGAGAGUAUGCACAGGGUAUCCAGAAGUUGGCUAGUCAGUAUCUGAAGAGAGAUUGGCCUGGAAUAAAAGCUGAUGAUCGGAAUGAUUACAGGAGCAUGUAUCCUGUUUGGAAAUCUUUUCUCGAGGGAACAAUGCAGGUAGCCCAGUCUCGGAUCAAUAUAUGUGAAAACUAUAAAAACUUCAUUUCCGAGCCUGCAAGGACAGUGAGAAGCCUAAAAGAACAGCAACUAAAAAGGUGUGUGGACCAGUUGACAAAGAUCCAAACUGAAUUGCAAGAGACAGUAAAAGAUUUAGCUAAAGGCAAGAAGAAGUACUUUGAGACUGAACAGAUGGCUCAUGCAGUACGAGAGAAAGCCGACAUCGAGGCAAAAUCUAAACUUAGUCUUUUUCAAUCAAGAAUCAGUUUACAGAAGGCAAGCGUGAAGUUAAAAGCCCGGCGAUCUGAGUGUAAUUCCAAAGCUACCCACGCAAGGAAUGAUUAUCUUCUUACAUUAGCGGCUGCAAAUGCACACCAGGAUCGCUACUAUCAAACAGAUUUAGUUAAUAUUAUGAAGGCUCUUGAUGGAAAUGUGUAUGACCACCUUAAGGAUUAUUUAAUCGCCUUCAGCCGGACUGAGCUAGAGACAUGCCAAGCUGUGCAGAACACAUUCCAGUUUUUAUUAGAAACCUCCAGCAAGGUGGUACGAGACUAUAAUCUUCAGCUGUUUUUACAAGAGAAUGCUGUGUUUCACAAACCCCAGCCCUUCCAGUUCCAGCCUUGUGACAGUGAUACUAGUUUAAAAGCUGCCCAGCUGGUGGAUAUUGAGUUCUCCCCUGUCAGUGCUCUGAGAAUGACCAUAGCUGAGAGCCGACAACUAGAAUCAGAAACAGGGACCACAGAAGAGCACAGUUUAAACAAAGAGGCUCGGAAAUGGGCCACACGUGUGGCACGGGAGCACAAAACUAUUGUUCACCAACAACGGGUUCUAGAUGAUCUGGAAUGCCAUGGAGUUUCAGUAUCAGAACAAAACCGAACAGAGUUGGAACAGAAAAUAGAUGAAGCUAAAGAAAAUAUUCGUAAAGCAGAGAUAAUUAAGUUGAAAGCUGAAGCCCGACUGGACCUACUAAAGCAGAUUGGUGUUUCUGUCGACACAUGGCUAAAGAGUGCAAUGAACCAAGUGAUGGAAGAACUGGAAAAUGAGCGAUGGGCCCGCCUUCCUGCAGUGACUAAUAAUGGAGCCUUACACUCGCUUAAUGCAGAUACUGAAAGAGAAGAAGGAGAAGAGUUUGAGGACAACAUGGAUGUUUUUGAUGACAGCAGUUCCAGCCCUUCUGGUACCUUAAGAAAUUACCCACUCACCUGCAAAGUUGUUUAUUCCUAUAAGGCUUCUCAACCAGAUGAGUUGACCAUUGAGGAGCAUGAGGUGUUAGAAGUGAUUGAAGAUGGAGAUAUGGAAGACUGGGUAAAGGCUCGAAAUAAAGUCGGCCAAGUGGGUUAUGUGCCAGAAAAGUACCUACAGUUUCCCACCUCGAACAGUCUGCUGAGCAUGCUGCAGUCCUUGGCUGCCUUGGACAGUCGGUCACACACAUCCAGCAAUUCCACGGAGGCCGAGCUCGUUUCAGGCAGCCUCAACGGAGAUGCCAGUGUCUGUUUCGUGAAAGCACUUUAUGACUACGAGGGCCAGACAGAUGAUGAAUUAUCUUUUCCUGAGGGAGCAAUCAUCCGAAUCUUGAACAAAGAAAACCAGGAUGACGAUGGCUUCUGGGAAGGAGAAUUCAAUGGGCGGAUUGGAGUUUUCCCAUCGGUGCUAGUGGAAGAACUUUCAGCCUCAGAAAAUGGUGACACUCCAUGGAUGCAAGAGACUCAGGUCUCUCCUUCCCCCAAACCGCCCAGCUCCCUGCCUCCACUGCCGCUGUAUGACCAGCCUCCCAGCAGCCCUUACCCCAGCCCAGAUAAGAGGGGCUCCCAGUACUUCUCCCGCUCUCCUUCAGCAAACGAAAACAGCUUCCAUGCCGAAUCGCCAGGAUUCUCGCAGGCAUCCAGGCAUACUCCUGAGACCUCAUAUGGGAAACUGCGACCUGUCCGGGCAGCUCCCCCUCCUCCUACGCAGAACCACCGAAGGCCCGCAGAGAAGAUCGAGGAUGUGGAAAUCACACUGGUGUGAUGAUGGGUUUGCCUGUCCGUUACUGCUACAAUCAAGGCCAGGCUUGGAGUUUGGCCAGUCUUGUUUUUUAGGCACCUUUGCUUGCAUGAUGAUGACUCGAACAGAGCAAAAACAAGGAGGACUAUAUGUGACCGGGUGGCCUGGUUGACACCUCCCACGUUAUUUCGUGCCUUUUUUUGUUGUCAUUUUCUAUGUCAUCUCUCCUAGCACAGCACAAAUCCUAGUGGGCCUUAGAAGCAGAGAAGAGGGACAGUCCUCUUGCCUACUAGGGACCCAUUUUUGUAUGAGACUCAAGACCAGGCCUCGUUCAGGGCACAGUCACAGAGAUACUGAUCAUGUGCACUCGUACAGUAUAUUACUGUGGCCACGAGGACGUGGCAAAGAUGCUCAUCUUUCUUCAAGUGGCUUUGGCUUAUCUGAUUGAGUUUAAUCAGAUCAUGUCGGCUACAUAAGG